UUUUUUUCUUUUUUUAGUGAAAGAUAAUCUACAAUAUUCUCCUAUAUUUCUUUAUCUCUUUCCACUCGACUAGUCAAUCGUUUAUUGAAUUCUCUCUAGAGAGGUGUGGUUUGGUUUCGGCCAUCUCUGAAACUUUUUUAGGGUUUUUCUUUUGAGGAAAUGAGGGAUGUUUUCGUGGUUGGCAAGGCUUGCAGCGGCGUGCUGGCGCCCGGUCCGGCGGUACGCCCGUAUGAGCAAGGAUGAUGAGGACGGAGUGGACGACGCGCUUCUCUGGUGCAGAGACCUCGACCGGCAUUCUUUGGGCGAGUUCUCGAUCGCCGUCGUCCAAGCUAACGAGAUCAUUGAAGAUCAAAGCCAGGUUGAGACGGGCCCGCAUGGCACAUUCGUUGGGGUAUAUGAUGGUCAUGCUGGCCCCGAAGCAUCUCGCUUCGUCUGCGAUCAUCUCUUCCUUCAUCUGAUGAAGCUUGCUCGAGAAAAUGGAACUAUUUCCGAAGAUGUUCUGAGAAAUGCAUUUUCUGCGACAGAGGAAGGAUUUCUUUCUCUUGUGCGUAGAACACAGGAAACUAAACCUUUAAUUGCUGCAACCGGAUCCUGUUGUUUGGUUGGAGCUAUCUGGAGAGGAACACUGCAUGUUGCUAAUUUGGGUGAUUCUCGGGCUGUAGCGGGUUGUGUAGGUAGGUCGAAUAACAUUGUUGCAGAUCAAUUGACGAGAGAACAUAAUGCAAGUAUGGAGGAGGUUAGACAAGAACUCAGGUCCUUGCAUCCUGAUGAUCCACAAGUUGUUGUCCUGAAGCAUGGGGUAUGGCGUGUCAAAGGCAUCAUCCAGGUGUCUAGAUCUAUAGGGGAUUCAUACUUGAAGAAGCCAGAGUUCAUCGUUGAUCCAUCAAUCCCAAAGUUUCAGCUUUCAGAGCCACUACGCAGGCCAGUUCUAUCAGCUGAACCUUCCAUAUAUUCAAGACCCAUCCGACACCAAGAUAAAUUUGUAAUAUUUGCAUCAGAUGGGCUGUGGGAACACAUGACAAACCAGGAAGCUGUUGAGAUUGUGUAUAAUUAUCCCCGAGCAGGAAUAGCAAGGCGGCUGAUCCGAACAGCUUUGGAUGAGGCAGCUAAGAAGAGGGAAGUGAGGUAUGAGGACCUCAAGAAUGUUGAAAAGGGAAUCCGGCGGUUCUUCCAUGAUGAUAUUACGGUGGUUGUUAUCUUCAUCGAUCAUGAGUUGCUAGGAAAAAAUACAUCUGUACCAGAACUGUCAGUACGAGGAUUCAUUGACACGGUCCUUCCAUCGGAUUUUUCUGUUUUAGAUGGGAUUGCUGCCCAUGCUAGCUCAGCAAUCCAAUGAGGCUCCGACUGUCUUGGAACUGAGGCCAGUGGAGACCAGGUUCUGGGAGCGUGCAAUCCAUGGUGUAUCCUACCCUUCUUGCAACUGUUGAUGUUUAUUUUCAUAUGAUUUUAA